AGCGUGUCAUGACAUUUUACACUUUUUAUAUCCUCUCCAUCCUCAACAACAAGCUUUGAUUCUUGAGUAUGCAAUCAAACCUUCUUCUUCUCUCUGUUCCCUUCCAGUAAUCUCCAACACCAAUCGCUUCAGACAGGUCGGUUCAGUCAAAGACGAUUCACUAGAGGGUUAUAAUGCAAACAUCUCAGAAACAUCACACUGCAGCUGGACUUCACAUGCUGUAUCCUCAACCACACUGUUCACCUCAGUUUCAAAUGAUAGACAACAACAACAACAAUGGCUCAUCCAAAGAAAGCUUCUUCACCCUCGAAUCAUCCGGUCCUCUUCCUUCCUAUGACUCCCCUUCCGUGAGCAUCACAUCUGCCCGGACUCCGUUCUCUCCUCACUCAUGCAUCUCUGAUCCACAUCCUUCCCCUGAAAACGUCUACGGAUCUCCCUUGAGCGCAGCAUCUUCCUACGUCUACGACGAAGCCGGGAUCAAGAGCAAGAUCCGUGAGCUUGAGGACUCCCUGCUCAGCGGUGACCCCAAAGUCGAAGAAUACUCAGGCUUCAGCCCAGCUGCUGGGAAGUCAUGGAACUGGGAUGAGCUCUUGGCCUUGACUCCACAGCUGGACUUGAAAGAAGUGCUAAUGGAGGGGGCCCGGGCGGUCGCCGACGGGGACUUCGCCACGGCCUGUGGCUUCAUCGACGUCCUGGAACAGAUGGUGUCGGUCUCAGGCACUCCGGUCCAACGGCUAGGUGCUUACAUGGCGGAAGGGCUUAGAGCGAGGCUGGAAGGCUCUGGAGGGAAUAUCUACAGAGCCUUGAAGUGCAAUGAACCAACGGGAAGGGAGCUCAUGUCUUACAUGGGAGUUCUCUACGAGAUCUGCCCUUACUGGAAGUUCGCGUACACGGCUUCAAACGCCGCUAUCUUGGAAGCAACGGCUGGUGAUAGCAAAAUCCACGUCAUCGAUUUCCAGAUCGCGCAGGGGUCACAGUACAUGUUCCUCAUCCACGAGCUCGCGAAACGUCCCGGUGGCGCGCCGCUGCUGCGUGUCACGGGAGUGGAUGAUUCGCAGUCCAGGUAUGCACGCGGGGGAGGGCUCGGUUUGGUAGGUGAGAAGCUAGCGAAGAUGGCAGAGUCGUGCGGUGUGCCGUUUGAGUUUCGCGAUGCGGUCAUGUCCGGGUGCAAGGUCCACAGGGAGCACUUGGGUGUGGAGCCUGGGUUCGCAGUAGUUGUGAACUUCCCUUACGUGUUGCACCACAUGCCUGACGAGAGCGUGAGCGUGGAGAAUCACAGAGACAGGCUGCUACACCUGAUCAAGAGCCUCGGGCCACCGAGGCUCGUGACGCUGGUGGAGCAGGAAUCCAACACCAACACGUCGCCUUUCCUGUCGCGGUUCGCGGAGACGCUUGAUUAUUACACGGCGAUGUUUGAGUCGAUAGACGCGGCGAGGCCGAGGGAUGAUAAGCAGAGGAUCAGCGCGGAGCAGCAGUGUGUGGCGAGGGACAUAGUGAACAUGAUAGCGUGCGAGGAGAGGGAGAGAGUUGAGAGGCACGAGGUGCUUGGGAAGUGGAGGGUGAGGAUGAUGAUGGCUGGGUUCGUGGGAUGGCCUGUCAGCAGAUCCGCGGCGUUUGCAGCGAGUGAGAUGCUUAAAGGUUACGACAAGAACUACAAACUAGGAGGGAGUGAAGGAGCGCUGUAUCUGUUCUGGAAGAGGAGACCAAUGGCUACAUGUUCCGCUUGGAAACCAAACCCAAAUCAGAUUGUGUAGGACAUGGUGGUUGAACUGAGAGUGGAUAACGGAGAAGAGCACACAACAGGCACAUCUCACGCCUGUAAAUUUUUGAGGAUGUGCAAUGAUGUUUUCAGUUGUAGCAUAAACUAUAAAGUCAACUAGUUAAAUACUAUAUAUUUGUAUACAAAGCAAACCUGGUAAUUGUUUUUUUUUUCUCUCCUGUAAAUUUGCUGUUGUUGUGGGCGUGGGUGCUACUAGUGAACUAUAACCAAAGCAUUACUUAAUCUUCUGAACCAAAAA